CAGUGCAGUCGUCUCUCUGAAGUCCUACACAUGGUGACCCAGUCGGCUGACCCAGCUGACCCUACGCCACAAUGUGUGCCAAGACUUAGAAACCUCCUCAUCCCUUAAAGAGGGAUGAGGAGUUCCUUCCCCAUCGCUUUGUCCCUUCUCACCUGUUUUCAGUCAUUAGUUUUAAAAAAACGGUCUAUAGUUUAUUGUUUUUCCAAUAGCAAGGAGUGAGUGAAUAAAACAUCUGACACCAGGGUGUGUUUUGUUGUGUGAAGGCCAGAGGAUUGCGUUCUAAGUCGGAAUAUCUGCCGUCUCCAUGUAUCAUCAUCUCCCCUUUAGUUCCCCCUCCACUCGCACACCGCAGCUGGUUUGUGUUAGAGCGGGGUCACAUACGCCUCACCUCCUCCACCCUGAAGCAGCUCCACUUGUGGGUGUUCCCUCCAUUGUUGUGCGGCUUCUUGUCCAUAACCUCCAGGAAUGACUAGAAUACUUCCCUUUCUGGAGUGGAAAAACCCAGAGAGCAGGCUGGGAAAUUGACUUUGUUUUGCUUCAAAAACUGUUGGGCUGUCCGCUGAAGCAAACCCGCCAUGCGUGAAUACAAGCUUGUGGUGUUAGGCUCUGGAGGUGUGGGCAAGUCUGCUCUGACGGUUCAGUUUGUACAGGGAAUCUUUGUGGAAAAAUAUGACCCGACAAUAGAAGACUCGUACAGAAAGCAAGUGGAGGUAGAUGGGCAGCAAUGUAUGCUGGAAAUCCUCGACACAGCAGGCACAGAGCAGUUCACAGCGAUGAGGGACUUGUACAUGAAGAAUGGCCAAGGCUUUGCCCUGGUAUACUCCAUCACAGCACAGUCCACCUUCAACGAUCUCCAGGACCUGAGGGAACAGAUUCUACGAGUAAAGGACACAGAGGAUGUGCCGAUGAUCCUGGUGGGGAACAAGUGCGACUUGGACGACGAGCGUGUGGUGGGGAAGGAGCAGGGCCAGAACCUGGCCAGACAGUGGAACCACUGUGCCUUUUUAGAGUCCUCUGCCAAGUCAAAGAUCAACGUCCUCGAUAUCUUCUACGACCUGGUCAGACAGAUAAAUAGGAAAACGCCAGUGGAAAAGAAGAAGGCGAAAAAGAAAUCCAACUGUGUCCUGCUUUAAAUACCCCCCUCCAGCCCCUGCAGCAGCUCUGAGCCAGAAAUGCUGUAAUGAAGAACUGUUGCCCUGAUUGGAACGUGCCAGCAUUCCAACAGCCCCGCCCACCCCCCCCCCCGCCCACCCCCCUGCAUCAGCCAUAAACGGUGAAUCAGCUGACUGAACUGCGCCAAUCAAAGAUGAGGAUGAUCUACACCAGAGAGGGAUGGAGAGAGAGAAAGAAAAGACAGUAGGAGAGAGAAGACUCUGGUUUCUCGCCUCCGAGGACCUUCCUCUGUGUCUCAGUGUCAGUUUGAACCCUGAACGGACGGUCUCUAUUUUCUGCACCAACAAACACCACAAACUUAUGACUAUGAUAAAUGCCUCUGAACGUUUAAUAAAAAUUUAAAAAAGUGUCCAUGAGCCGCCUACAUGGCCAGAGACAGCGCCCCCCCCUUACUUUAAUUUGUUGACAGAUUAACAAAAAGAAUAUAACGGUGUUAAAAAGAAGGAAAACAAAGUUAGAACUUGUAUUCAGUAUUCAUCUUUUUCAUUAUCAAUAUUGUAUUUGAAAGACAUGGAAGUUGACCUAUUUUUUGUUGUAUGAUUAUAAAUAUUCAUCAGAAACAAGCAUGAAAAAAAAAUGCAUCAGUUAAGUGUCGAUGUUUUCAAGUGGAAACGUUUUUUUAUUUUUUUAUAGCCAUACACCUAUUCGCCAUGCCCGUGAUGAUAGAUCAAGGUCUAUAAUAUGUGUUAUUUUUAUUAUUUUUUCUUUGUUCGCCCUGUUGUUCAUGAACUUUUCUUCUGCGACUAUCUCUCUCUGAUGUGACUUAAUUUUAUACUCGGUCACUGGGAUUUCAUAGCUCCCAUAAUAUAUUCGAAUGCCAUUUUUUUGCAUUUUAAUGCUUCAGAAAAAUGCGUCUUUUAUAGAAGAAUAAUGGGGAAAAAUAAGGAUUGAUUUCUAUGUCUCUUGAAGCUGAAAUAUAUUAUACUAAACCAACUCUAAUAAUGCUUCUUGUGUUUUUCUGUCGAUGUUCCAGCUUUUAUGGAUUAUUAAAGUACAUUUUCAUUAUAUUGGUCAAUGUAUUUUUGUGAAUUAAACUUUUAUCCAAAGCAGA